AUGCGAAUGCUUAUCAAGGAGGUUCUUAGGUUACAUCCCCCCAACCCUAUGCUUGUCCCCCGUGAGUCGAGGGAGGACUGUGAAAUCAUGGGUUAUCACAUUCUCAAAGGCACAAAGAUACAUGUUAAUGCAUUUGCAAUUUCUCGGGAUCCAAGAUAUUGGUACAACCCAGAAGCGUUUAACCCAGAGAGGUUUGAGAAUAGCAAUGUUGAUUUUAAAGGAACAAAUUUUGAGUUCACCCCCUUCGGGGCAGGUCGUCGACAGUGUCCUGCGAUUCUGUUUGGCACGUCUUCCGUGGAGAUUGCAUUGGCGAAUCUUCUCUACCACUUUGAAUGGGUGCUUCCUGAUGGAGAGAAUUCACAUUUGUUGGACAUGUCCGAGACUUUUGGGAUGGGAGUAAGGAAAAAGGUAGAGCUGCAUUUGAGAGCUACUCCGUAUGUAUACUCUGGUUAUAUAUAG